AUGUCCUUCGAUAAUGACUUGGCUCAUCAUCGCUCUUUACGACAAUUAUUGGAGCGUCAAAAUAAAUAUCCCAAUUACGAUUCAAGUCCACUUGUUUCGGCAGCAACCAAUGGUGAUUUGGAAAAAGUGAAAUCAUUGUUGGAGAGUGGGAAAUGUAAUAUAAACGAAACGAUUGACAAGGGGCGAGUAAAUGCAUUAAUGAUUGCCAUUCACAAGCAUCACAAUGAUAUAGUUAGGUAUUUACUGAACAUGGGAGCAGAUUAUAAUUACGUAAAUCAGCCACCUUAUUGUGACACUGCUCUGCAUUGGGCUGCUUAUUACAGAAAUCCAGAGUCAACGAAAAUGCUUCUAGAAAGAAAUGCAGUUUCCGAUAUUGUCAAUCAUAGUGGAGUUACACCUUUAAUGGAUGCAGCAAAUCAUUGUCAAGAAUCAUUUGCAUUAAUUGAAAGUUAUUCCAAGUUGAGUGCUGCAGCGCGAGCAAGAAUUGUUAAAUUUCAACAAACCUUGAAAAACAACCCUAAACAUGAUAUUUCCAUUAUCACAAGCGGCCUCUGUGAUUAUGCGGCCGACAGAGAUUAA